AUGAAAAGUGAAACCGAAAAUUCUAACGAAAUUGACGAACUUUCUGACAAGAUUAGUGGUCUAAAAACCCAAGAUGCAAAACAUAAUAAUUUGCAAGAAACGCAGUCUGAUGUUAAGCUUAUUAGAAUUCAUGACGAUGAGCCCGUACUCUCGGUCACUACCUUUGAAGAACUAAAUUUGCAUCCUGACGUUCAAAAAGGAGUUUAUGAAAUGGGAUUUACGCGACCUUCGAAAAUUCAAGCAAAGGCUUUACCUCUUCUUCUUAGACCACAAAAUAUGAUCGGGCAAUCUCAAUCCGGUACUGGUAAAACUGCGGCAUUUGUUUUAACGAUGUUAAGCAGGAUAGAUUUAAAUUUGAAAGCACCACAAGCUUUAUGUCUAGCACCAUCGAGAGAAUUAGCUCGUCAAAUUAUGGUAGAAGCAAGAAAAAUGGGAAAAUAUACACCCGUAACUACAGCUGAAGCAAUUCGUGAUAGUAGUAAUAAUAAUAGAGAUCGAAAUACCAUUUUUAAAGAAGCUCAACUUAUUGUUGGUACACCAGGGACAGUUCUUGAUUUAAUCAAGAGACAUAUUAUUGAUAAGAAAAAUAUUAAAAUCUUUGUCUUGGAUGAAGCUGAUAAUAUGUUGAAUCAACAAGGAUUAGGUGAUCAAAGUAUAAAAGUAAAAAAUUUAAUGCCUAAAGAUUGUCAGAUCGUUCUCUUUUCAGCUACAUAUGAGGAUUCAGUGCGUGAAUUUGCUGGAAGAUUUGCUCCUCAUGCUAAUGAGUUUAGAUUGAAAAUAGAAGAAAUGUCUGUAAAGAAUAUCAAACAAUUCUAUAUGGAUUGUACGGAUGAAGAACACAAAUUAAAAGUAUUAAGUGAAUUAUAUUCAAUUUUGACAAUUCAUCAAAGUAUUAUUUUUGUUGAGAGACGUGAUUCUGCCGAUAGAAUUGCUAAACGUAUGACUGACCUUGGUCAUAAAGUUAUCGAUUUACAUGGUGGUCUUUCAACCACUGAACGUGAUGAAGUAAUGGACGGAUUUCGUAAAGGAAGUGCCAAAGUUUUGAUCUCCACUAAUGUAAUAGCUAGGGGUAUUGAUGUUAUGCAAGUUAAUCUAGUUAUUAACUUUGAUAUUCCCGUGAAAAGAAAUGAAGAUAAUAAAAUAGUGGCCGAUCCUGAUACUUACCUGCAUCGUAUAGGUCGUACAGGUCGGUUUGGUCGUAAAGGAAUUGCUAUUAAUUUAGUUUCCGAUAAUUAUAGUUGGAAAAAUCUUCGUUCUAUACAAGAAUAUUUUGAACGUGAUAUUACUCAAAUUAAAUUAGAUGAUUGGGAUCACGUAGAAACUUUCUUGAAAAAUGAAAUUAAGGCUUUGGAUGCCGCUUAA